GCCGCCUUUGGGGGUCCGUGGCUCCCCCGCUCCCCUCCUUUCCGCCUCUGCUCGCUCUGCCUCUCCGAUUUAUUUUUUUCAAAUGGUGUAGCCGCCAGAGGUGCGGUGCUAAAUUCUUGGAAGGGGCCCGGAUGUACUGAGGAUGCAUUGCAAUCUCACUAAGGGAGGCGGUCGUGGCAAGGCUCAGUUUUUGGUGUUUGAUGCAAUAAUGGGAAUCAGGUAAUCAUCCGAAGGGAAGAAGAAAUACUGCAGCUCCAAGGCUUCCCCGAAUUGGGCACGAAAGCCGCCGACCUCGGAGGAGGGAUUAAUCCAGACCCGCUUGGGGGUGUUUUUACCUUUCUUCCUCUUUGUGGCUUCUUCUCCUUUGCAAACAUUUUUUGGUCCAUGGUCAAUGAAAACACGAGGAUGUACAUUCCAGAGGAAAACCAUCAAGGUUCCAACUAUGGGAGCCCGCGCCCAGCUCAUGCCAACAUGAAUGCCAACGCGGCUGCGGGGCUUGCCCCCGAGCACAUCCCCACACCGGGGGCUGCCCUGUCCUGGCAGGCAGCCAUCGAUGCGGCCCGGCAGGCGAAGCUCAUGGGCAGCGGUGGCAACGCGACCGUGUCCACGGUCAGCUCCACGCAGCGCAAGCGGCAGCAGUAUGGAAAGCCCAAGAAGCAGGGCAGCGCGACUGCCACACGCCCGCCCCGGGCCCUGCUCUGCCUGACGCUGAAGAACCCCAUCCGGAGGGCGUGCAUCAGCAUUGUCGAAUGGAAACCAUUUGAAAUAAUUAUUUUACUGACUAUUUUUGCCAAUUGUGUGGCCUUAGCGAUCUAUAUUCCCUUUCCAGAAGAUGACUCCAACGCCACCAACUCCAACCUGGAACGUGUGGAAUAUCUCUUUCUCAUCAUUUUUACUGUGGAAGCAUUUUUAAAAGUAAUAGCCUAUGGACUUCUCUUUCACCCCAACGCUUACCUCCGCAACGGCUGGAACUUACUCGAUUUUAUAAUUGUGGUUGUAGGGCUAUUUAGUGCAAUUUUAGAACAAGCGACCAAAGCCGAUGGCGCCAACGCUCUGGGAGGGAAAGGGGCUGGAUUCGACGUGAAGGCGCUGCGGGCUUUCCGGGUGCUGCGCCCCCUGCGGCUGGUGUCCGGAGUCCCCAGUCUCCAGGUGGUUCUGAACUCCAUCAUCAAGGCCAUGGUCCCUCUGCUACAUAUCGCCCUGCUCGUGCUGUUCGUCAUCAUCAUCUACGCCAUCAUCGGCCUGGAGCUCUUCAUGGGCAAGAUGCAUAAGACCUGUUACAACCAGGAAGGCGUAGCAGAUGUCCCAGCAGAAGACGAGCCUUCGCCUUGUGCUCUGGAGUCAGGCCACGGACGGCAGUGCCCUAACGGCACAGUGUGCAAGCCGGGAUGGGACGGCCCCAAGCACGGCAUCACCAACUUCGACAACUUCGCCUUCGCCAUGUUGACAGUGUUCCAGUGCAUCACCAUGGAGGGCUGGACGGACGUGCUGUACUGGGUCAAUGAUGCCGUAGGAAGGGACUGGCCCUGGAUCUAUUUUGUUACACUAAUCAUCAUAGGGUCAUUUUUUGUACUUAACUUGGUUCUCGGUGUCCUUAGCGGAGAGUUUUCCAAAGAGAGGGAGAAGGCCAAGGCUCGGGGGGACUUCCAAAAGCUGCGAGAGAAGCAGCAACUGGAAGAGGACCUUAAAGGGUACCUGGACUGGAUCACUCAGGCAGAAGACAUCGACCCCGAGAACGAGGAUGAAGGCAUGGAUGAGGAGAAGCCCCGAAACAGAGGCGCUCCAGCGGGCUUGCUUGAUCAGAAGAAAGGGAAGUUUGCUUGGUUUAGUCACUCCACAGAAACCCAUGUGAGCAUGCCCACAAGUGAGACUGAGUCUGUCAACACCGAAAACGUGGCUGGCGGUGGCAUCGAAGGAGAAAACUGCGGGGCCAGGCUGGCGAGAGCAAACAGCCACCGGAUCUCCAAAUCCAAGUUCAGCCGCUAUUGGCGCCGGUGGAAUCGCUUCUGCAGGAGGAAGUGUCGGGCCGCGGUCAAGUCCAAUGUCUUCUACUGGCUGGUGAUCUUCCUGGUGUUCCUCAACACGCUCACCAUCGCCUCGGAGCAUUACAACCAGCCCCACUGGCUCACAGAAGUUCAAGACACGGCCAACAAGGCGCUGCUGGCCCUUUUCACUGCGGAGAUGCUGCUGAAGAUGUACAGCCUAGGACUGCAGGCCUACUUUGUGUCCCUGUUCAACCGCUUCGACUGCUUCAUCGUGUGCGGGGGCAUCCUGGAGACCAUCCUGGUGGAGACCAAGAUCAUGUCCCCCUUGGGCAUCUCUGUGUUGAGAUGUGUCCGGCUCCUGAGGAUAUUUAAGAUCACCAGGUACUGGAACUCCUUGAGCAACCUGGUGGCCUCCCUGCUGAACUCUGUGCGCUCCAUCGCCUCUCUGCUGCUGCUGCUCUUCCUCUUCAUCAUCAUCUUCUCGCUCCUGGGGAUGCAGCUGUUUGGAGGAAAGUUCAACUUUGAUGAGAUGCAGACCCGGAGGAGCACGUUCGACAACUUCCCCCAGUCCCUUCUCACCGUGUUUCAGAUCCUGACCGGGGAGGACUGGAAUUCGGUGAUGUAUGAUGGGAUCAUGGCUUAUGGCGGCCCCUCUUUUCCAGGGAUGUUAGUCUGUAUUUACUUCAUCAUCCUCUUCAUCUGUGGAAAUUAUAUCCUGCUGAAUGUGUUCUUGGCCAUUGCUGUGGACAACCUGGCUGAUGCCGAGAGCCUCACCUCUGCCCAGAAGGAGGAGGAAGAAGAGAAGGAAAGAAAGAAGCUGGCCAGGACUGCCAGCCCAGAGAAGAAACAAGAGGUGGUGGAGAAGCCAGUGGUGGUGGAAGAGGCCAAAGAGGAGAAAAUCGAGCUGAAGUCCAUCACAGCCGAUGGAGAGUCCCCACCCACCACCAAGAUCAACAUGGAUGACCUCCAGCCCAAUGAAAAUGAGGAUAAGAGCCCGUACGCCAACCCAGAAGCUACAGGAGAAGAGGAUGAAGAGGAGCCCGAGAUGCCGGUGGGGCCCCGGCCCCGCCCACUCUCCGAGCUGCACCUGAAGGAAAAGGCGGUGCCCAUGCCGGAAGCCAGUGCGUUCUUCAUCUUCAGCCCCAACAACAGGUUUCGCCUCCAGUGCCACCGCAUCGUCAACGACACCAUCUUCACCAACCUGAUCCUCUUCUUCAUUCUGCUCAGCAGCAUCUCCCUGGCCGCCGAGGACCCCGUCCAGCACACCUCCUUCCGAAACCACAUCCUAGGCAAUGCAGACUAUGUCUUCACUAGUAUCUUUACAUUAGAAAUUAUCCUUAAGAUGACCGCAUAUGGGGCCUUCCUACAUAAGGGCUCUUUUUGCCGAAACUACUUCAACAUCUUGGACCUGCUGGUGGUCAGCGUGUCUCUCAUCUCCUUUGGCAUCCAGUCCAGUGCGAUCAACGUUGUAAAGAUCUUGCGCGUUCUGCGGGUUCUCCGGCCCCUGCGGGCCAUCAACAGGGCCAAGGGCCUAAAGCACGUGGUUCAGUGUGUGUUCGUGGCCAUCCGGACCAUCGGGAACAUCGUGAUCGUCACCACGUUGCUUCAGUUCAUGUUCGCCUGCAUCGGGGUCCAGCUCUUCAAGGGAAAGCUCUACACCUGUUCAGAUAGCUCCAAACAGACCGAGGCGGAAUGCAAGGGUAACUACAUCACAUACAAGGAUGGAGAGGUGGACCACCCCAUCAUCCAGCCCCGCAGCUGGGAGAACAGCAAGUUUGACUUUGACAAUGUUCUGGCGGCCAUGAUGGCCCUCUUCACCGUCUCCACCUUUGAGGGGUGGCCAGAGCUGCUGUACCGCUCCAUCGACUCCCACACAGAGGACAAGGGCCCCAUCUACAACUACCGUGUGGAGAUCUCCAUCUUCUUCAUCAUUUACAUCAUCAUCAUCGCCUUCUUCAUGAUGAACAUCUUCGUGGGUUUCGUCAUCGUCACCUUCCAGGAACAGGGAGAGCAGGAAUACAAGAACUGUGAGCUGGACAAGAACCAGCGACAGUGCGUGGAAUACGCCCUGAAGGCGCGGCCCCUGCGGAGGUACAUCCCCAAGAACCAGCACCAGUACAAAGUGUGGUACGUGGUCAACUCCACCUACUUUGAGUACCUGAUGUUUGUCCUCAUCCUGCUCAACACCAUCUGCUUGGCCAUGCAGCACUACGGUCAAAGCUGCCUGUUCAAAAUCGCCAUGAACAUCCUCAACAUGCUCUUCACUGGCCUCUUCACCGUGGAGAUGAUUCUGAAGCUCAUUGCCUUCAAGCCCAAGGGUUACUUUAGUGAUCCCUGGAAUGUUUUUGACUUCCUCAUCGUAAUUGGCAGCAUAAUUGACGUCAUUCUCAGUGAAACUAAUCACUAUUUCUGUGAUGCAUGGAAUACAUUUGACGCCUUGAUUGUUGUGGGUAGCAUUGUUGAUAUAGCAAUCACCGAGGUAAACCCAGCUGAACAUACCCAAUGCUCUCCCUUUAUGAAUGCAGAGGAGAACUCGCGUAUCUCCAUCACCUUCUUCCGCCUCUUCCGGGUCAUGCGUCUGGUCAAGCUGCUGAGCCGCGGGGAGGGCAUCCGGACCCUGCUGUGGACCUUCAUCAAGUCCUUCCAGGCGCUCCCCUACGUGGCUCUCCUCAUAGUGAUGCUGUUCUUCAUCUACGCUGUGAUCGGGAUGCAGGUGUUUGGAAAAAUUGCCCUGAAUGACACCACAGAGAUCAACCGGAACAACAACUUCCAGACCUUCCCCCAAGCUGUGCUGCUCCUCUUCAGAUGUGCUACAGGAGAGGCCUGGCAGGACAUCAUGCUGGCCUGCAUGCCAGGCAAGAAGUGUGCCCCGGAGUCAGAGCCCAGCAACAGCACAGAGGGGGAAACGCCUUGUGGCAGCAGCUUCGCCGUCUUCUACUUCAUCAGCUUCUACAUGCUCUGUGCCUUCCUGAUCAUCAAUCUCUUUGUAGCUGUCAUCAUGGACAACUUUGACUACCUGACAAGGGACUGGUCCAUCCUGGGUCCCCACCAUCUGGAUGAAUUUAAAAGAAUCUGGGCAGAGUAUGAUCCUGAAGCCAAGGGUCGAAUCAAACACCUAGAUGUGGUGACCCUGCUCCGGAGGAUACAACCCCCGCUGGGCUUCGGGAAGCUGUGCCCUCACCGCGUGGCUUGCAAACGCCUGGUCUCCAUGAACAUGCCUCUGAACAGUGACGGCACGGUCAUGUUCAAUGCCACCUUGUUUGCCCUGGUCCGGACGGCCCUGAGGAUCAAAACAGAAGGGAACCUAGAACAAGCCAACGAGGAGUUGCGGGCCAUAAUAAAGAAGAUCUGGAAGCGGACCAGCAUGAAGCUGCUGGACCAAGUAGUGCCCCCUGCGGGUGAUGACGAGGUCACGGUUGGCAAGUUUUACGCUACCUUCCUGAUCCAGGAGUACUUCCGGAAAUUCAAGAAACGCAAAGAGCAGGGCCUCGUGGGCAAGCCCUCCCAGCGGAAUGCCCUGUCCCUGCAGGCCGGCUUGCGCACGCUGCACGACAUCGGGCCAGAGAUCCGACGGGCCAUCUCUGGAGACCUGACCGCUGAGGAGGAGCUGGACAAGGCCAUGAAGGAGGCUGUGUCUGCUGCCUCUGAAGACGACAUCUUCAGGAGGGCCGGUGGCCUGUUUGGCAACCACGUCAGCUACUACCAAAGCGACGGCCGGAGCGCCUUCCCCCAGACCUUCACCACGCAGCGCCCGCUGCACAUCAACAAGGCGGGCAACAGCCCCGGCGACACCGCGUCGCCCUCCCACGAGAAGCUGGUGGACUCCACCUUCACCCCCAGCAGCUACUCCUCUACCGGCUCCAACGCCAACAUCAACAACGCCAACAACACUGCCCUGGGCCGCUCCCCCCGCCCCACCGGCCACCCCAGCGCCGUCAGCACCGUGGAGGGCCACGGGCCGCCCUUGUCCCCUGCCAUCCGGGUGCAGGAGGCGAUGUGGAAGCUCAACACCCAGAGGUGCCACUCCCGGGAGAGCCAGCUCGCCAUGGUGUGCCAGGAGGCCUCUCGAGAGGACACCUAUGAAGUGAAGAUGGGUGAGGACGCCGAGUACUGCAGGGAGCCCAGCUUGGUCUCCACAGAAAUGUUCUCCUAUCAGGAUGAUGAAAAUCGACAGUUGACACCCCCAGAGGAAGACAGAGAUGUCCGGCAGUCUCCAAAGAAGGGUUUCCUGCGUUCUUCCUCACUCGGUCGAAGGGCCUCCUUCCACCUGGAAUGUCUGAAGCGACAGAGGAACCAAGGAGGAGACAUCUCUCAGAAGACAGUUCUGCCCUUGCAUCUGGUUCAUCAUCAGGCCUUGGCAGUGGCGGGCCUGAGCCCCCUCCUCCAGAGAAGCCAUUCCCCCACUUCGUUCCCCAGGCCGUGCGCCACCCCCCCGGCCACCCCCGGCAGCCGAGGCUGGCUCCCGCAGCCCAUCCCCACCCUGCGGCUGGAGGGGGCCGAGUCCAGCGAGAAACUCAACAGCAGCUUCCCGUCCAUCCACUGCGGCUCCUGGGCCGGGGAGCCCGCUCCCUGCGUGGGGGGCAGCAGUGCCGUGCGGAGAACCCGGCCCGUGUCCCUCACUGUGCCCAGCCAGGCCGGGGCCCCGGGGCGGCAGUUGCACGGCAGCGCCAGCAGUCUGGUGGAAGCGGUCUUGAUUUCAGAAGGACUGGGGCAGUUUGCUCAAGAUCCCAAGUUUAUCGAGGCCACCACCCAGGAGCUGGCUGACGCCUGCGACAUGACAAUAGAGGAGAUGGAGAACGCGGCCGACAACAUCCUCAGCGGGGGCACCCAACAGAGCCCCAAUGGCACCCUCUUACCUUUUGUUAACUGCAGGGACCCGGGGCAUGACAGAGCAGGGGGUGGGGGUGACGAGACCUGUGCGCCCAGCCUGGAGUGUCGAAAGAGCGAGGAGGAAUUCCAGGACAGCAGAGCCUGCGUGAGCAGCCUGUAGUGGCCAGGGCUGGGGAGAUGCUGGGUUUUUUAUUUGUUUCAAUGUUCCUAAUGGGUUCGUUUCAGAAGUGCCUCACUGUUCUCGUGACCUGGAGUUAACCGGAACAGCGUCUUCAUUCAUUUCGUUGGGACAAGACGCAGAGUUGGGUGGUGCGGAGCGUCAGCUUUUCAGGGGGGAAGAAAGCAGCAACCCCAGUUUGUGUCCACAGAGGUAGAGUGGUGAGGAGCAGGUGCAAGAGUCGAGUCAGGGAGGCCGAGCCCGGGCGACGCCUGCCCGCCCUCCUGCUGUAUUUCAGGCCCUGCGCCAGGAACCGGCGGCCGCCUCCGUGCAUGACAGAGAACCUCAGCUUCCUGCGGUAGCCCUCACCAAAAGGACCCUAUGUCAAACGGGUGUCUUUCAACUUUGCUUGUAAAAAAAAAAAAUCAUUUUGCACAUACUCUGUAUGAGCCUCACUGUCUCCAUAGACCAGGGCCCUGCGGAUCUGCAGAAGGAAGUGGAGGCGUCACGUCAGCAAACCCCCCACCCCAGAGGGAGGAGGAAGCAGCGCGGGGCGGGGCUGGGGCCAGA